CCCGCUCCGCCCCAGGGGCGAGUUGUCGUCGCAUUGCUGCGGCUCGCAACGCCAUUGGACGCCCCGCGCCGUUUCCGUUAAAUUCAAACUCGCGACGGCAGCGGCGGCGGUCAAGGCGAGGCGCGGCGUUGGUGACGAGGAGCAGCACUUUAAGAGUGAAGAGGAGCCCGUGGCGGAGACUCUGCACAAGUCGAAGAGUCGUGCCGGUUGUCGUGGUGGUGCCUCUCCAUGGCCUCUCAGAACACGGACCCCGCGGCGAGCGCCUCGGCCACCCCGAGGAAGGCGGCGGACAGCGGCAACGCCGUAGCACGGGGCUCUGUGAGCAAGCGGUUGCAUCAGGAGCUGAUGUCACUGAUGAUGUCUGGGGACAAAGACGUAUCAGCAUUUCCGGACGGAGAGAACCUUUUCCACUGGAUUGGAACCAUCACCGGCCCAAAGGGAACUGUGUACGACGGCCUGCGCUACAAGCUGUCGCUGGAGUUCCCCAGCGGCUACCCAUACAACGCGCCGAGCGUGCACUUCGUCACGCCGUGCUACCACCCCAACGUGGACUCGCAGGGCAACAUUUGCCUUGACAUCCUCAAGGAGAAGUGGUCGGCGCUGUACGACGUGCGCACCAUCCUGCUGUCCAUCCAGAGCCUGCUGGGAGAGCCCAACAACGAGAGCCCCUUGAAUGUACACGCAGCGCAGCUCUGGCCAAACCAGGAUGAAUACAAGCAGCACUUGCUGAAGCAGUACGAGACAAAGUCCUGAUGAGAGCAUCGCCGACAUGACAUCCCCGUCGCUCAUUAACACUCUCCGCUCGCCUCGUACACUCAUCACGUACACUCAUCACUCACCACGUACACUCGCCUCGUACAUUUACCACUCGCUACGUACACUCGCAUUGUACACUCAGACUUGGGCUCCAGGUGCAAUUUUGGGGGCUGUUUCAUUCUGUUCUGACAAUUGUCCACGUGUUGCGGUCCUUGAUUUUAAUGGAAUCCUUUUAUCACGAUGUAAACGAGCAGACCGUGUCUCCUUCACCUGUUGUCUCCACAUGAAAAAGAAAAGUGUUUCUUAUACAAUUCAUCAGCUGCCCAGGGGGACCGCAUCAUCUUGGCAGCCUUGAUUCUGAACAAGCAGACUCUAGACCGGUUUCUACAUCAGCGAGUCUGGUUUUAAUGUGUUGGUGAAACUGCAUUGCUUCGAGCAAGCUUGAGUGCUGAUGAGACGCUGUCAAAGCUGCUUGUAUUGCAUCAAUUGAGUCAACGUUCGCGUGUAAAAGCAAUACUUUUAUUUUCAAUGUGGAGACACACAUGUGCGAAGGCGACGGUCAGCUUUAUUGCUUUUUACGGAACCAGGUUUUUAGACAUUUUCACUCGUGAGCUCGUUUUUACUCCUUUUUAAAGAUAAUUUUCCUGAUAAGUGAACUCAAGCCAUGAGCCAGGGCAUGACGCUUGGAGCUGAGAACGAUCACUUUUUUAAAUAAGUGCGUCCGGUCUUCUGUUUUUUUUGCCUUUCUCCAAGAACGUUUAAUCAUGUUGCAAGGGACAUGCACAUCCUUGCUUCAUAUUUAUGGUUUUAAAUGUCUUGCUUUUUAAAUCUUUCACUUGUGUAUAGCUUUGAUCAUGUUGGCUUUGAUGGCCGAGACUCUUUUUGCAUCAUGUUAUGGCAGUCUUAAGCCCAGGUGUCCUCGGUAGCGGUGUUCUGUAACGCACGGCGCUGCAUUGCUCAUUAAUCAUGUGCUCGAUCAUCUAUGCAGGAUCCUUUUUGGAGUCGCUGAACAAACGCGGCUGUGUAGCAGCAUGGACGGGGUUGUUAGGUGUCCACUUUUAUCUGUAUUUAUUUUCAUGUAAUUAAACUGGUAUUAAAUGUU